GAUGCUCUCGUGUCAAUGAUCAAGAGGGAGCUGCGAGUACGUACUUGAUAAAUCUGUCCUCGGCUCCUUCGCCUAGCCAAGUCACAGUAUCACACACACACAGGUCACGCACUUCCCUCUUCACAAAUCAACUUGAAAGGAGAAGCUCAGAAGAUCCACGAGGAUGUUCCUAGCGAUGCAGGUCGUCCUCAGGAGAAAUACCGUUGCUGGGCCGUCCGCGCUGGCUCGCUUCGUCAGCCACUGUGGCUACUCCACGGCCUCCAAUUCCCAAAGGUUGGCCGGGAAGGUGGCCGUGAUCACUGGUGCCGCCAGCGGCAUCGGCAAGGCGACCGCCGCGGAGUUCGUCAGGAACGGCGCCAAGGUCAUCCUCGCCGACAUCCAGGACGACCUCGGCCGCGCCGUCGCCGCCCAGCUCGGCCCGGACGCGGCCUACACCCGCUGCGACGUCACGGACGAGGCGCAGAUCGCUGCGGCCGUCGACCUUGCGGUGGCGCGCCACGGCCGGCUCGACGUCAUGCACAACCACGCCGGCGUCACCGGGCGGAUGGUCAUAGACUCCGUCGGGUCCCUCGACCUCGCCGACUUCGACCGCACCAUGGCCACCAACGCCCGGUCCGCCGUCGCCGGGAUCAAGCACGCGGCGCGCGUCAUGGUGCCGCGCCGGAGCGGGUGCGUCAUCUGCACGGCGAGCACCGCGGGGGUGCUGGGCGGCAUCAUCGCGCCCACAUACGGCAUCUCCAAGGCCGCCGUCAUCGGCGCCGUGCGCGCGUUUGCCGGGGAGCUGGGCCGUCACGGGGUGCGCGUGAACGCCAUCUCGCCGCACGGCAUAGCCACGCAGUUCGGGCUGCGCGGGCUGGCAGAGCUGUUCCCGGAGGCGAGCGAGGAGGAGCGGAGGCGGAUGGUGGAGACGGGCAUGAACGAGAUGGGCGGCGGGACGGUGCUGGAGGUGGAAGACAUCGCCAGGGCCGCCGUGUACCUGGCGUCCGACGAGGCCAAGUAUGUCAACGGGCACAACCUCGUCGUCGACGGUGGGUGCACCGUGGGGAAGGGGCCCAGCAAGCCAGCACCGUCGCAGUAAAAGAAUUCAUGGUGCUGAGCUCGAGCGUACGCCAUUGUUGUCAUGGCUAAUUAGGAUUUGAUUAAGUUGAUUAGCGAGUUAAUCCCCACCCACCAGUCAAGUGUGCCGGCAGUUAGGCUUUGCCAAACCAAGCAAAGUUUGCUCGCAUGCUGUGGCGUAAUGGCGUUGCAAUAAAGGUUACAACGGAGUUCAUUUUUUGUUAAA